AUGGAGCCUAUUGCAACAAUCAAAAGUCCUAUUUUAAAAACCAAAUCUGGUCGUACAUCUUUUCAUAUACGUAAUUUUUCUUUUUCUGAUCGUUUUGAUAUUCAACGUUUAUGUACUGAAGAACGUAUUGAAAUUCUUGUUCCAAUAUCUCGCGCUUGUUUUCGUAAUCGAUUUACAUUUAUUCUACUUCUUCUUUGUAUUAUUAUAUCAAUGUUUAUUUUUACUCGCCUGAUUGUAUCAUGUCUUAUGCCGGCAAUAUUAAUUACGUCAUUUCUUUCUUAUCGUAUUUCAAGUUUAAAACAUAAAAUAAAAGCACCAUUUCAACAUUCAUAUAUUGAAUAUACAGAAAAAUUAUCACGUCGACGUAUACUUGUUGCUGUGACGACAGUUGAAGAUGAUAAUGAUGUUAUGCUUGAACAAGAUAUUGUUGGAUUUAUUUGUUUUUCUUCUCAUCCAUCUGAAAGACAAUCAGCAUUAAUAACACAUUUAUUUAUAACAAAAAAUUAUCGACAUGAAAAAAUUGCUCAUUAUCUUUUACAAACAUGUCGACGAAUUAUUUCCGAAGAAACACAAUAUCAAUAUUUAUAUGCACUUUGUUCAGGUUAUCAAAAAGAUGGAUAUAAAUUUUUAUUAGAUCAUCAUUUUUUUAUUAAUAAUACAUGGACAACAUGUAUUUUUGUGCCAGGUAUAACAGAUGAACAAAAAAUGUUGAGUACAACACGUUUAGCACCUUUAUGA